UGAGCGGGCGGAGGCUCCGGGCCCGGCGCUCCAUCCGGCCACUGACGCGAUGCCGGCUGCAGCGGGCGGGGCGGCCGGGCCGGCGGGGAUGUGACAGGCGGCCCUUCGCUCACCUGCGGUCCUUGCGCCCUCAGGUCUCCGGGCGAGCCGCCCUGGGCCGCACCGAGGAGGCAGAGCGGAUCGGAGCGAUUCUGUCAAAUUUUAAGAACAAAUGUACUUUAUAGCUCAUGGAAGAAAAAACACAAAUCAAGACAUAUUUGGGUUCCAAGUUGCCAAAGUAUGGAACAAAAUCUGUAAGAAGUACACUGCAGCCAAUGCCAAAUGGGACACCUGUUAAUUUAUUGGGAACUUCCAAAACUAGCAGCAUCAAAAGUUACAUAAAAAAUAAUGGCUCUGAUUGUCCAUCAUCCCAUUCAUUUAAUUGGAGAACAACAGCUAAAUACCAACUUAGUGCACCAAGUGCUGAGGAACCUAAUGAUACUCAAAGUUCACAUGAUAAAGUAAUUGAUCCUGAAAAACAUGCACCUGCUCAAGGAAUGUUUGCUAAAAAUGGGAUAAAGGGAGAUUUGAAAAGUGUUUCUUUUACAUCAAACUUAGCAAAGCCAUCCACUAUGUUUGUGUCAUCUACAGAGGAAUUAAAACAAAAGUCUUUGUCUGGACCAUCCAGUUUGGGUAAAUUCACCAAAGGCACAAUAUUAGGAAGGACUUCAUAUUCUCUAGUCAGUGCUCCAACAUCGCAGUUGAGUGGGUUUUAUGUGAAUCGAUCAGCUGGUAGCAUACAGAGGCCUAGAGCAAACUCCUGUGCUACCAGAAGCAGUUCUGGAGAAAGCUUAGCACAAUCCCUAGAUAAUAUUAAAUCUCUUACUUGUGAAAAAAUGGUAAGGUCACAGAGUUUUUCACAUUCCAUUCAGAAUUCAUUCUUUCCACCUUCAUCUAUAACCAGAUCACAUUCCUUCAAUAGAGCUGCAGAUCUUAAGCCUUAUCAGAACCAACAUCUACCCAUUAGAAUGCCUCUGAGGUCAAGUAUGCUAACAAGAAAUUCCCAGCAGUCUGAACUACUCAAUGGGCAUGAACAUUUAGGGUAUGGAUUUAAUAGGCCUUAUGCUGCUGGUGGAAAGAAGUUGGCGUUAUCAAAUGGCCCAGGUGUAGCUUCCACUUUGGGGUAUAGGAUGGUUCAUCCCUCUCUGCUGAAAUCUAGCAAAUCUCCAUUUUCUGGGACUAUCACAAUCGAUGGUAAUAAAAAUUCACCUGCUGGCACAUGUGUAGGGGAAGAUACUGAACUUUUGGCUAAGGACAGAGCUACCAACAAGGACUCAGGACUAAUUGAAAAUAAUAGUGAUGGAACAGAAAAUGGCCAGACCAUGAAGCAUGAUGCUAAAGUUAGAUACCUGAGUGAUGAUGUGGAUGACAUUUCCUUAUCUUCUUUGUCAUCUUCUGAUAAGAAUGAUUUAAGUGAAGACUUUAGUGAUGAUUUUAUAGACAUAGAAGACUCCAACAGAACUAGAAUAACUCCAGAGGAAAUUUCUCUCAAAGAAGAAAAGCAUGAAAAUAUACCACCAAGGGAUAUAUUUGAUUCCCCCAAGGAAAAUGAAAAAUCCUUCAGUAAAACUGAUGAGUGGAUGGAUAAAAGUGUCUCUGACAGGAGUGAAUGUACAAAACAUACUUCUGGGAGUAACUUGAUUUCACCAGAUAUGGAUUUCAGAGCUGGUUCUUCAUUUGAACUCUCUCCAUCUGAUAGCUCUGAUGGAACAUACAUGUGGGAUGAAGAGGGCUUGGAGCCCAUUGGAAAUGUCCACCCAGUUGGGAGCUAUGAGUCCUCCGAAAUGAACAGCAUAGAUAUUCUGAAUAAUCUUGAAUCAUGUGAUCUGGAGGAGGAUGACCUUAUGCUUGAUGUGGAUCUGCCUGAGGAUGCAUCUCUUGAAAAUGUGGAGUGUGACAAUAUGAAUCGCUUUGAUCGAUCAGACAGAAAUGUUCGGCAGUCGCAGGAAGGAUUUUGGAAAAGGUCACCCCAGAGGUGGAGUGGACAGGAACAUUACCCCCUCAGUCAUCCUGACCGCUAUCAUCACCAUGGAAAAAGUGACUUGAGCAGAGGCUCUCCCUACAGAGAAUCUCCUUUGGGUCAUUUUGAAAGCUAUGGAGGGACCCCCUUUUUCCAGGCUCAGAGAGUGUUUGUGGAUGUGCCCGAAAAUACAGUGAUCCUGGAUGAGAUGACCCUCCGGCACAUGGUCCAGGAUUGCACUGCUGUAAAAACUCAGUUACUCAAACUGAAACGUCUGCUACAUCAGCAUGAUGGGAGUGGAUCAUUGCAUGAUAUCCAGCUGUCAUUGCCAUCUAGUCCGGAACCAGAAGAUGGCGAUCAAAUAUACAAGAAUGAAGAUUUAUUAAUUGAAAUAAAACAACUUAAAGAGGAAAUAAAGAAAAAAGAUGAAAAAAUCCAACUAUUAGAACAUCAGCUUGCAACACGGUGUAACUGCCACCAAAAAUCUAAAGAGGAAAAAUGCACAUAUGCUGAUAAAUAUACCCAAACCUCCUGGAGAAGAAUUCCUCCUCAAGUACUACAGCCUUCCAGCAGCCUUCCCAGACCCACAGACCACGCCCAGGGAAAACUAACAAAAUGGCAGCAUAGCGACGACCACAGUGAGCACGCGGUCCAGGGCGCGCGUCCUGGGGCCGCACGCCGGGAUGACAGCUUUGCACAGGACUCACAGCCAGAACGCAGCGGUGGCCUGGAAGGCCGACCUUUCUCCUCCAGCCCGCAGCUCACUGAGGAGGGGGCUAAGAGUGCGCCUUCAGAAGCAGGCUGGGACAUGACCAUGGAUGCUCCAGAGCCUUAUCAUUUGGCAAAUAAUCCCAUUAAAGACAUGCAGGUGGUACCCACUUCUUCUCAAACACUCACCCAAUCGAGUGCAGGAGACCAGGCCAAGAGAGUGGGAAGAAACCAGUCUUUACCGGAGGACUACACAUCUCAGCCCAGAUCCUUGCAGCUUCUGAAGCCAUCCACCUUGAAUUCUUUGGUACCUCCUUCAGUUUCUGAAUCAUCGCCGAGUAGGACUCCCACCUGUAAGAACUCACCAUUAAUUGCACCAUGUAAUUCAGCAAAAAUUCAGCUAACAUCUAGUCAAACAAAUCUUGCAAAUAAUCUAAAUCCACGAGCAUCUAAGCUCCGCCCCCCUUCUUGCUCUUUCAAACAAAAACAAAUAAGCAACCCCCGACCAGAGCCUCAAAGCUUCCAGGCCAAGACAAGCAUCCCAAGGCCAUUGGCAAGAAGGAGAGAAAUCAUGCAGAAUCCGAAUGGCAAUUUGAAUUCUGGGGAUUGUUUGUCGCCUAAUCGAUAUUCUCGUCUUCCCAAACCAAAGAUACACUAAGUACAUAGCCAUCGCCUGCCAAUGUAUCUUUUUAAAAAAACCUGUUCUGUAAUAAUGCAGUUUGCUGCCAUGGUGGAGGUUCCAUUAAAAGCUUGCGAAUCUUAAAACAUUAAAAUGUGGAAGCUUCUA